AUGGCCCAAUUCUACUCCCAGCAAUCCCAGCAGUCGCCCUACGGCGUGCCCCCCCAGCAAUCCUCCCAAAACCUCCAGUUCUACCCGUCCUCAUACUCGUCCGUGUCCGGGCACACGACGCCCUCGCAGGCCGUCUACGGCAGCUAUGGCAUGCCGUCCAGCUCCAGCGCAGCGUUUGGUGUCGGCGCCGGCGGUGCGGGCGGUGGCUCCGGCGGGUACGGUGGUUCGGCGGCGGGCGGCGUGAGUGGGAGGAUGGGUGAGCAGGGCGGGUUGAGGACCGGGUGGCUGGCGGCGUUUGGCACGGAGGGCUAUGAUGGCGAGCCGCCGCUGCUGGAAGAGUUGGGGGUGAAUUUUGAGCAUAUACGGAUGAAGACGCUCUCCGUUCUAAAUCCCUUUGCCCGCAUCGACCAGCACCUAAUGGACGACAGCGACCUGUACGGCGCCCUCUUGUACAUUAUCCUCUACGGCACAUUCCUCCUUCUCUCCGGCAAAGUAUUCUACGGCUACAUCUACGGCGUAGCUGUCUUCGGCACCGUAGCUCUUCACGUCAUCCUCAGCCUCAUGUCUCCCACUCUCGACACCACCUCCACCAGCUCCGCCGACGUUUCGUCCGGCGAUCCUAGCUCCUACCACCCGCACCAUAAAUCAAGCAACGCAGGCCACUUCUCCGCUACACUGACCUUCCCUCGCUCAGCCAGCGUACUGGGCUACUGUUUCCUCCCACUUGUGCUCACCAGUUUGGUCGGCAUUCUUCUCCCCAUGGACACGAUGUUCGGAUACCUCCUCACCACCGCCGCCGUAGGCUGGUGCACGUACAGCAGUUCAGGGAUGUUUUGCGCCGUGGCGAGAAUGAGAGGCAUGAGAGCGCUCGUUGCUUACCCCUUGGCCCUGUUUUACGUUGUAUUUGGAAUCAUGGGCAUCUUUUCCUCGAGAGGAAGCGGCACUUUGGCCGCCAAAACGACUGCGACGUGA